AGCGCCUCUACUUUGGCCCUUUCAAGAUGGCGGCCCGGGUAACUUCAUUCGAUUCGAGCUCGUGUGUAUCUUGUGAGCGAGAUUUACCUGGAUUUCAGCCCGUAUCUUUUUCCACUCAAGCGGCACGGAGCACUUUACUGCCCGCGGAAGUUCAGUUCAGUCGCUGCUUCAGCAAACUAAUAGCCCUGCGACCCUCUGACAGCCCGGGCUUGAAAACCGAACUGAACCUGCUGUUCGACCAGCUGAUCUCCGAAAACUACAGCAGCAGCUUCACACAUGACAACACACGACCACAAGAUGUGUGCGCGCUGCUUGUGCACGCGAGCCGGUUGGUGCCUCACAGCCAAGAACACCUCGUUGUCAAACUGUGCCAGUUGAUUCACCAGCUUCUGAACCAGCUACAGGUUAUUGUGGACGAGCAGGCGUUGGAUGCUCUCGUGUCAUAUUGUAUACGCGCUCUGCACACGUGCAGCACAUGGACACACCCAGAGGUCCUGCUCGCGCUCUCCUCGGUACUGUACGCCAAUGGAGUCAAGUGUCAACGGCACCUUCCAGAUCUUCUUGGGCGGAAUGGUAUUCUUGUGAAGUAUGGUGACCCGGGUCAGAGUGACGUCGAGCGCCGACGCUCUGCUGUACACUGCAUGGCCAACCUUUGCAUCUGUGUUCCUGGUAAUCCCUUUUUGGAAGAACCGUACAAAGGAGCGUGUUACAGAAUUUUCCUGCAGACUCUUCAGUCACGAAAGCCGCCCGGCGUGGAAGAUCUUGUCUUCUGUACGUUGUUGCAAAGUGCUCUAAAGGGGAUGCAGUAUUUCCUGAAUUGGGGGAAAUGGAAGGCCAGUCCUGAUCAGGACCUGGGCUCGCUAUUAGCUGUACUUAAGAAAUUCAUGUUUCAUGGAUUGCCAGGGAUAACUGUAGAGAUGCCCGAGGUUCUGUACCCGGCGCCUCUCCCUCAGUACGACGCCGUUCCUGUAACCGAAGCCGAACCUGCGCAGGAUGUGCCAGCUCAGAAGAAAACACCAGCGACCCAACAGAAUAAAAAGCGGAAGUCUCGCGGGAAAGGGAAGAAAGCUAGAGCAGAAGGGAAGACGGAUGACGGAGCGGAGGAAGGUGAGGACGAGGAGCCGAGUUCGAGGCCUGUCAGGAACGGAGCGAGUGGAGGACCAGGACGAGGGGAGCUCCAGAUCGUCCGGCCUCAAACGCCUACCGAGUUUAAUCUGCCUCUCCAACCAGGUGCAGGCCCUCAACUCUACCCCUCCUGGAAGAAAGGGAGCUCUGACUCGGAGUUCUCCGAUCCUGAAGGAGGAAUGGCGUCCAAACUCAGGCUGUACCUAGCUCGAGUGCGACAGAGCGCUCUGCACUGUUUCCUGGCCGUGGUGAAAUGUGUGGAAAAGAGGGCUUUGUACGGAUACUGGUCCUCCUUCAUCCCUGACGCUCCAGGCAUCGGAAGUCGUCCUUCGCUCACCCUCGUCACCAUUGCUCUUAAAGACCCGUCCCCUAAGGUGAGAGCGGCGUCGCUGCAGGUUCUCUCCGCACUCCUAGAAGGUUCUCGGCAGUUUCUCUCGGCAGCCGAGGACACCGGCGCACCCCGGCAAGCCUUCACUCCGUUCUCAGCCACGCUGGCUGCCAGCUUGAGGGAGCUGCAUCGCUGCCUUCUGCUCGCACUACUAGCCGAGUCUUCCUGUCAGACCCUCACGCAGGUCAUAAAGUGCCUUGCCCACUUGGUGUCCAACGUACCCUACAGACGCUUAAGGCCGGGUUUGCUCAGCCCUCUGUGGAAACAGAUUCGCCCGUAUAUCCGGCACAGAGACGUGAACGUUCGGGUGUCCAGCCUCACCCUGCUGGGAGCGAUCCUCUCCUCUCAGGCCCCGCUGCCUGAAGUGCAGCUCCUCCUGAAACAGUCUUCCUCUGGAAGCAGAGAGAGAGAUGCUAACACUUCUGCAGACAUUAAGGGGGCAGAGGAGGCUCCGUGCUGGUUGCUGCAGGUGUGCGUGGCUCUGGUGACUCAGCCGAGAGAGGAUUCCUGCUCCGACAGUGACACAGGAGGAGCGACCUCUGGCUCACUGGAGCCUUCACCGGUCCGGCUCGAGGCACUUCAGGUCCUGGCACAUCUGGUGAAGGGCUACUUCUGUCUGGCUCAGGCGUCUCUGCUGGAGUUGGGUCAGCUCAGUGCUCGCUGUCUCCGAGAACAGGACCCGUCUGUGCAGUUACAUGGAGCGAAGCUGUUGGAGGAACUGGGCACAGGAAUCAUCCAGCAGUACAGAGCUGAGCCCACCACCUCGGAGAGUGUCAGUCCUGUACCAGUGAGCCAGGUGGUACAGUUCUGGUCUGAGGUUCUGACCGGUCCGUUGAUCGGAGCCUUACAGAACGAGCAACACCCGACGUUACAGACUAGUGCAUGCGACACGCUGUCCUCCAUCUUACCACAGGCCUUCAACCAGCUUCCGGACAAGACUCAGGUUCUGUGCAUCACAAUACUGCUCGGGCUGACGUAUAGCGAGAACUCCUUGGUGAAGGCGGCGGCGGUGAGGGCUCUCGGUGUCUACAUUCUCUUCCCCUGUCUCCGAGAGGACGUGAUGUUUGUGGCGGACACGGCUAACGCCGUCCUCACAGUCCUGGACGAUCGUUCACCCAACGUCCGUGCCAAGGCUGCCUGGUCGCUAGGCAACCUCACCGACACACUCAUCGUCAACAUGGAGUCUGUUGGACUGGAUUUUCAAGCGGAGCUCUCUGACAUGCUGCUUCUAAAGAUGCUCAGAUCUGCUACCCAAGCAUCCGGUGACAAGGACAGGGUAAAGAGUAACGCAGUGCGAUCCCUGGGGAAUCUGCUGCACUUCCUGCAACCAGUGCACCUGAGUAAGCCAGCAUUUGUGCAGCCUCUUGAUCAGGCCAUGAGGGCUCUUAUAGACACAGCCAGAGGAGAUGCUACCAUGAAGGUGCGCUGGAAUGCCUGCUACGCUCUGGGCAACGCUUUCCAAAACCCUGCCUUGCCUCUGGGCACUGCCAGCUGGUCUACGGAGGCCUACUCUGCUCUCUCGUCCAUCGUCACGUCCUGCAAGAACUUCAAAGUCCGCAUCAAAUCCGCCGCCGCUCUCUCCGUCCCCGCUACACGGGAUUGCUAUGGAGACGAGCAUCAGUUCGCUGAAGUGUGGCGAGCCUCGGCCCGAGCCCUCGAGCAUAGUGAAGAAACCCAGGAUUUUCUCGAAUACCGCUACUGCGCCAGCUUGCGUUCCGAGCUCUGCCACACUCUCCUUCACCUCCUGUCCCUGUGCCAAACCGGAGAUCUGCCAGCCAUCGGAGAGUCGCUGAGCGGCCAGUCGAGACCCGCGCUGCACGGCUUCCUGGUUCAUCACCUCACCGACGCUUCAUCCGUUUCUGGCCGCGAGAUCAUUGCCGGAGAAGACGCAGGACACCAGACGGAGCCUACAGACAGACCGAAGCUGCUGGAUCAGACCCUGAUCAGACUGAAGGAGCUGGAAGGGGAUAUUAAAGCUGGAAGCAGGUCUGAUCUUGACAUGCUGAUUAGAUUCCUGGAGGAUGUUCUGAAGGCCUGCAAAGGGAUGAAGGUGUCAGAUGGAAUGGAUAUGACGCAGACGAGCGAUAACUCGCCGUAGAAGCUGUUAUCAGACGCGAUCAUGUAGACAUUACAGCGAUAGGAAUUGAAACAUAUUGCUGCUUUGGUUUAUUUGCCAUUCAUGAAUGCAGAAUCGUAAUGACACUCGGUUUAAAGAUAAAUCAAGAUGUUUAGGAUAUAUAUUUUACAGCUUUAUUUACAUUCGCCGUUCACUUUAUUAGGAACACCGGUGCGGCCGAACAUUCAUUCAUGCAGUUAUCCAAUCAGCCAAUCACGUGACUGGAAGAAAAUUUACACUACUUUGGUGUGAAAAUCCCAGGAGAUCAGGAGUUUCUGAAGACUUAAACCAGUCAGUCUGGUACCAGCAACCAUGCCACGGUCAAGGUCACCGGGGUCACAUUUUUCCCCUCAUCCUGAUGUUGGAUCUGAAUGUUUUGCCCUGUAUCUGCGUGAUUUAAUGCAUCACACUGCCUCCACAUGAUGACCGGCUGAUUGGAUAAUUGCAUGAACGAGCAGGUGCACAGGUGUUUCUUCUUCAAGCGUAUUCAAUCGCAAACGCCAAGUCCGACACUGUAAAUCACAGACGAUUUCACGCAGCAGCCCGAACUCUGAUGUUUUUUAUUUCCUGCUCAGCUUUUUCCAAUCGGUGUUUUCGUAUCGUGACAGUAAACCUCAGUUUGAAAUGCGAGGAUACACUGUAAACAGCUUACCCUAAAUACACCCAAGCAUUUUGGCUUGUCUCAAUACCUGAUUGACACGUACUAUUAAAUCCCCGGCAAGAAACAAUAAAGAUUUUUUUUUAAAGUUA